CCCCGUCCAGCAAGCAUGAAGUAGGAGCCGAAGACGCGAUGGAAGCGGAACAAGAGAAGAAAGGAAGGAUCAGAAUAGAAGAGAAAUUGAAGAGAUAUGAGAAGAUCGAUUUCUUGGGAGAAGGACAGUUUGCCACUGUCUAUAAGGCUCUUGAUGUAGAGACCAAGCAGAUAGUAGCUGUCAAAAAGAUCAAGCUAGGUAGUAGAGAAGAGGCAAGGGAUGGCAUCAACCGUACGGCCCUCCGAGAGAUCAAGCUCUUGCAGGAGGUACACCACCCAAAUCUCAUUGGCCUCCUCGAUGUCUUUGGCUACAAGUCAAAUGUGUCGCUGGUGUUUGAUUUCAUGGAUACAGAUUUAGAGGUGAUCAUCAAGGACACAGACAACAUCAUCCUCACACCCUCCAACAUCAAAGCGUAUAUGAUCCAAACGUUAAAAGGCUUGGAAUUCCUGCAUCUUCACUGGAUCCUACACAGAGAUCUGAAACCAAACAACCUGCUAGUCAAUUCAGAUGGCAUACUUAAAAUAGGAGAUUUUGGUCUGGCAAGAUUCUUCGGCUCUCCCAACAGACAGUAUUCACAUCAAGUAGUUACAAGAUGGUACAGGAGUCCAGAGUUGCUGUUUGGGGCAAGAUCCUACGGCACGGGGGUAGACAUGUGGGCGAUUGGCUGUAUCCUGGCGGAGAUGUUGGUCCGCUGUCCCUACUUCCCGGGUGACUCUGAUCUAGACCAGCUUACCAGGAUCUUCACUGCCCUAGGGACUCCUGGUGACGAUGACUGGCCGGACAUGACAAAACUUCCCGACUACGUAUCCUUCAAGCACUUCGAGGGUUCCCCGCUGCGAGACCUCUUUCCUGCUGCUAGUGAUGACCUUCUCCAGCUCUUGGGGUCUUUGCUCACUAUCAAUCCUAUGAAACGAUGCAGCUGUACUGAGGCUCUUAAGAUGGAGUAUUUCAGCAAUAAGCCUGUCCCGACACCAGGACCUCUUCUUCCUCUGCCACCAACCAUUAGACAGAGAAGUGAGGCAGAAAAACCGUCCCUCAAGAGAAAGAUUAUUGAAGAGUCUGGCUUUGGAGGUUCCUUAGCAAAGAAGCUUCAGUUCUAGUCCACACAAGGAAGAGAAAAAGAAGCACUACCUCCCAUUGUGCCAACGCGACCUCGGUACUUAGUCGUAAAGGUGAAAAUAAAUUCCCUUAAAUGAGGCAAGAAAGAGAGAGACAGAUUUAUAAAAGUGUGAAUGAUAUUUAUGUUGAUGUUAAUUUUUUUCCCUCUGACAUGUAAAGGAUAAGGGAUGACAAUAUUGUUAUUUUAUUUCCUUAGGUACUUGAGUACUAUGUAAUAUAUUGAUGUUCACAGAAAGUGUGUUAUUUUCUAAACCAGUGGUAUUAUUGUAAAUCAUUUCUUAAUAAAUAUUCAUAUAAUAAAACAUAUAAA